CCAAGUUGUAAUUCGUAUUUAUUUAGUCUUCUCCUUCUCACAAGGUACUGGACUUCUCUACCACAAGUACGACUACUCACUUCAACUUCGACCAGCUACCGCUUACAUUACCCACUACACAUAAACUUCGCUCCAGAGCAAAGUAGCUUUAUCUUCUCAACACUACUCCUCUACUCUCGAAGAAUUUACCACCCACUUCCAAAACUGAAACAUCUCUUCUCCUGCAAAGGAAUGUCGUCACCUCCAUCGGUCACCGCUGCCAGCAUGCAGCCCCAACCGUCUCGUCUUCUCGAUCUCCCCCUCGAGCUCCGGUACAUGAUAUAUGACGAGCUCACCGAAGUCCACACCAAACAUCACCGUGUGGUCAGCAUCCUCGAUCGACCGGGCCCCAGAACCCGCUCUUACCAGGGUCCUCAGCCCACUCCGAGCAAUCUCCUGAUCGUAGUCCGUUCACUCCCAGUAGUGAACCUCCUGAGCACCUGCAAGCAGGUCCAAAUGGAAGUCGCGGAGCACCUCCGAAGCAAGAAGGCAGCACCGAAGCUACAAGCCCUGGAAGCAGAGCCUCCACGUCUCAUUCUCGAGGACAAAUUCAAUAAUACCUUCUGCAAAUGGUGGCUGCAGGCUUUUCUAAAUACCCUCGGCCGGGCAGCGUACGAACCACAAAACCUGCAUCGAGUACAGCAGCAUCCUCUGCUCACCAUUUGGCUCGCAAAGAUCCGCCAUAACCGCGCCCUCCACGGUACCCAAGCCAAGGACUCACAGAUCGCAAUUCGUCAGCUCUUCCGAGAAACCUCCAGUGGGGCGUCUAGGCGCGCUGAAGCGAUGGCCGAGGUGUCUGAAACGGCGAUGGGGAACCUCCACGACUUGAGGCGCCCGGAGCGGCUAGGUUGGGUUGGAGGGACGAGUGCAAUCCCUGAAUUGUUCAGGUGGAUCACGCGGGAUUCGGGAGAGGCGUUGGUGGAUUGCUUGGUCGAGGACGCGGAGUGGCAGGAGAAUUGGGAGGAGGAUGAGAGGAAGAUCUAG